AUGCUCCCAAGAUAUGCUACAUUCAGAGUGUCUGGUGUUCGUCCCAGAUUGACUCAGCGUUCUCCUGCUUUACAUGUUACCCAUUAUCUGCAUUCUACCUCGACACCUAAGCCGAUAGUUCCUCGUAUAAGACGCGUUCGAUUAGGUGCUCUUGCACUCACUGGUGCACUCAGUAGCUCUGUCUAUCUCUGCCUCCAGCAGCCCACCCAAACUGUCUCCACCUCAGAUCAAACGCCGCUGACGUCUCUUAUUCGGACAUGUAUCGUCUAUUCUUUGUGUUCAAUUCCUUGGCUGGUUGAUUACUCCCCAACAAUUUUGUCGGCUUUAACGUCUGUUCCGGGACUGAAGAUGAUUACUGAGGCUGUUGUGAGGGUGACUUUCUUCUCCCAGUUUGUUGGUGGAGAAUCCGCUCUAGAGACAGUACCGGUUUUAACACAGUUACGUGCGGAGAACAAGGGCGCGAUUUUGAACUACAGUGUUGAAGUGGAUGAAGACGAAGUUUCUCGAAACUCAGAAACCAAGAAUCCCGCGCAUAAGCAAAUCGUGGAAGAGAUAAUCCGAUGUAUUGACGUUGCCGCGGAUUUUGAUGAUCAGCGAGCAGUGAAACUAGGGAGGCAAAGUGGGAGAAAGACAUGGGUUGCUGUAAAGCUGACCGCCCUUGUUCCUGAUGCGAAGACGUUCAUCAACUUCUCCAAGCACCUAAACAAUGCCCGACCACAGUCUUCUCGGCCCAUUCCUUUUCCUGGCGUCCCACGACCCACAGACUUAGAAGUUCUUAAUACUAAUCUAGUAGACAUACCCACAUCACCUCUCCUAGUAGACAAUGAUGAUAUAGUCACGUUAAGAGAACUCAGAGACGAUCUGUACAGGAUCUGUCGGAAAGCAAAGGAAAGGGGUGUGACGAUUAUAAUUGAUGCUGAACACAGGUGGUAUCAACCUGCUAUUGAAGCAUUCCAACUUGCACUCAUGCGUGAAUUUAAUCGGUUACCGACGAAAUCAUCCCGCAACCAAGAUGUAGAGUUGGUGCAGCCCCUCGUUUAUGGAACUUUUCAAGCAUAUUUAAGAAGGACACCUCAACAACUCGAACAAGCUAUCCAGGACGCACAAGAAGGUGGUUAUGCACUCGGCGUGAAGCUCGUGCGCGGAGCAUAUCAUCAACUCGAGACUUCUUCGCAUAAUCGGUUUCGGAAUUACAGCGACUCUCAAUCUUCUUCUUCCUCGUCAUCUUCGAGCAUCUCACCGGAUGAGCUUCCACCAGUUUGGCAAACGAAAGCUGAAACGGAUGCUUGCUUCAAUUCUUGUGCUCGCGUGCUUAUAAAGCAACUCGCAGAUGAUGUCAAGGAGAAGAAUCGGCGCGGGAUGUCUACUCCUCCGAGACUUGGGUUGUUGUUUGGUACGCAUAAUGCGGGGAGCUGCGAGCUUGUGCUAGAUACACUUGUUGAGGAGGGGCUUGCUGUACGAGUUCGCGGGGAGGAUGGAAAUAAAUUGGUGAGGAUUAGUGAGGAUGUACGUGGACGGGUAUGUGUUGGGCAGCUUUAUGGCAUGUCAGACACGCUUUCUACCUCACUCACCCAGCGUACCUCCAGUUCUUCACAAGACUCCUCGUCUGAGCCAUUCGUCCUGAAGUACGUUCCUUAUGGUAACUUGACACAAGUUAUGCCAUACCUCAGCCGACGUGCGAUUGAGAACAAAUCUGUCCUUGGUGGAGAGGGCGGAGCGAGGGAAGAGAGGAAGAGGAUCGCGAGAGAGAUCGUGUGGAGAGUUAGGGAGGUGCUUUCUUUUGGACAGGUGAAUUAGAAGCGAAUUGGGGUUUUAAUCUCUUGGCUUGGGGAUUUGAAGGAUGUAGAAUUUCUCUGAUGAUUUGAUCUGGGUUUUGU